AGUUGUAUACUGCUGUUAUACUUAACUGUUCGUAUAUACGAUGAUUGGAAAACUUUUUGCUGUUGCUAUUAUAACUUUACUUCAGGAAGUAAACUGCCAAGUCGGGGAAAGACGCGUACCAUGCACUAACGUUGGAGGGACGUGUAAAUCUUGGUUGACAACAACUUGCACGGCUGGUUGGGGUUGGGGGGAUUUAUGUGGGGGGAAUGGAAAGCGAUGCUGUUUGCCGUGUGGAGGAAAUUGUGUUUUAAGCGAACAAAGAUGGCAACAAAACGACAACCGUUGCACCAACCGGGGUGGAGUCUGUAUGUUAACGUCCAACAACUGCCACGGACGUUAUGUACAUGGUUUAUGUGGCGGGCCGUUCCAAAGGAAGUGUUGCGCCCCUAUUGCGGCUGCGAGGGUGACCGGCAACGCCACAACUUUUGCCGAUAGGCCGUCUCCUUCGGUACAUUAUUGUCCUGGCAGUCAAACUUACUCAACAUGCGCCGGAUGUGACGUCACUUGUCGGGAACUUGUAAGUUCUCUACCGUGCCGAAGGAUUUGUGAAUCGAAAUGCAAAUGUGCUGAUGGGUAUUACGUGCAUGGAGAUCAAUGUCUGACAGCAAGCCAGUGCAGAGAACUUACACUUUGUCCAGGGAACCAAUAUUUUUCGAGGUGCGCCGGUGGAUGCAAGACACGAUGCAGCGAACGAAACAAUCCAGCGGCAACAGUCUGCACACGUGAUUGCAGGGCAGGAUGUACUUGCCCGGUAGGAACAUUUCUUAACGGGGACAACUGUGUUCCCGAGAAUGAAUGUCCGGCUCUAAGUAUUUGUAACGCGGAACUUGGGGAGGCAUUUUCAAUAUGCACCACAAGUUGUGACGCUACUUGUGGGCGGCCGACCAGGCCGUGCAGUUUGGAUAGAUCUUGCACACAAAGAUGCGCUUGCCCUCCUGGGAAGCUACGAUUGAGUGGGAGAUGUGUGGAGACGUCAGAAUGCCCAACAAUCCCGGGAGCACGAAGAUGCCGUGGAAACAUGGUGUUUUCAAAUUGUGCUGGAUGUGCAAAGACAUGCGGCAAUCGUCAUCAAAAUAUUCCAUGCACUCGACAAUGCAGACGUAGAUGCACGUGUCCUGGAAACACGUAUUUAUUUAGGGGGCGGUGUGUUCCUGAGUCAGCAUGUCCACCAGUUCGAAGUUGCAACAGUCGUCUUGGCGAAGUAUGGUCGGAUUGUGCACCAACAUGUGACCCCACGUGUAGCAACCCCAGGAUCCCAUGCAGCCUUACAAAGAUAUGUACGCGUAGAUGUGCGUGUCCAAACAGCCAUGUUAGGAAUCACAGAAACAUUUGCGUUCCAUUAGAUUCCUGUCCAGUUCUUGCACCAGAAUGUCCAUCGAACCAAGUGUUUGAAACAUGCGCUGGGUGUGACGUUACUUGUGGCCAACGUAACAUGACUAUCCCAUGUUUUCUUCACUGUCAAGCAAAAUGCACAUGUCCACCUGGGACUUACUUGAAUGGGAAGGAUUGUCUUACAAAUGAUCAAUGUGAUGCUGCUGCAGAAUGUCCUGGUAACCAGAUCUAUUCACUUUGUGCUGGUUGUGAUGUAACAUGUAGUCAAAGAAAUGAAACUAUAGCUUGUCCAACAGUAUGUCGCCAACAAUGUACAUGUCCUCCUAAUACAUAUCUUCAAGGAGAUUUGUGUCUGACCAAUGAACAAUGUGAUGCUGCUGCAGCUUGUCCAAACAACCAAGUUUACUCUCUCUGUGCUGGAUGUGAUGUCAGUUGCGCUGAUAGAAACAAUCCAGGACCAUGCACUUUACAAUGUCGUCAGCAAUGCACCUGUCCAUCUGGAACUUAUCUUUAUAUGGAG